AUGUUUAGUCCAUUACAAUAUUCAUAUACGGCGGAUGACGAGUACGAUGCACUCCCACCGUUACCGCCGCAAAUGAAAGCACCUCCCAAAAAGGCUGCACAUCUACUUGAUAUCCCAACUGGUAACAAUGCAUGGAGUGCUGUUUUACAACAAGCUGAAAUUCGAAGACGUAAACGACGACAAACAACACCUGAACAUCCUAGUCGUGCAUUAUUUUGUUUAUCACUUGAUAAUAAAUUACGUCGUACAUGUAUUAAAUUAGUUGAAUGGAAACCUUUUGAAUAUUUGGUGCUUUUUACUAUCUUUUGUAAUUGUGCCGCAUUAGCUCUUAGUACACCAUUACCACAUAAUGAUACAACACCAACAAAUUCUGUACUAGAACAAAUCGAGUAUAUAUUUUUGGCAAUAUUUACACUUGAAGUUGUUCUAAAAAUUAUUGCAUAUGGUUUAUGUCUUCAUCCAAAUGCAUAUCUAAGAAGUGGAUGGAAUUUACUCGAUUUUAUUAUUGUUGUUGUUGGAUUUCUGAGUGUAAUAUUAAUUCGAUAUAAUGUCCAAGGCUUUGAUGUCAAAUCUUUACGAGCAUUUCGUGUUAUUCGUCCAUUGAAACUUGUCAAUGGUGUACCGAGUCUACAAAUUGUAUUAAAUUCAAUUUUACGAGCUAUGUUACCUCUAUUACAUAUUGCUCUAUUAGUACUUUUUGUUAUUACAAUUUAUGCUAUUAUUGGUUUGGAAUUAUUUUGUGGAAAAAUGCAUAGUACUUGUUAUAUUAAUGGAACAAGUAAAAUGCCGCAAGUUGACGAAAUUCGACCAUGUGGUGAAAAAGGUCGACAUUGUCCUCCAGGAGAAGAAUGUAAAGAUAUAGGAUGGGAAGGUCCAUGGCAUGGAUUUAUAAACUUUGAUAAUUUUGGUUUGGCUAUGUUAACUGUAUUUCAAUGUAUAACAAUGGAAGGAUGGACAUCGAUUUUAUAUAAAAUGAAUGAUGCUAUUGGACGUGAAUGGGCCUGGAUUUAUUUUGUUUCACUGAUAAUAAUUGGUUCUUUUUUUGUUAUGAAUCUUGUCUUAGGUGUUCUAAGCGGUGAAUUUUCUAAAGAAAGAGAAAAAGCUAAACAAAGAGGUGAUUUUCAAAAAUUAAGAGAAAUUCAAAUAAUUGAUGAAUCAUUUCGAAAUUAUAUGGCAUGGAUUCGUAAAGCUGAAAUCGGAAAUGAUACAAAUGAUGGUACAGAAAAUGAUGUUACUCUUGAUGCAUCAGGAGAUCCAGUAAAAAAAGAAGGAACAUUAGAAACACAUUGUGGAUGGUUGUAUGAUAAAUUACGAUAUAUUCGAGUUUUUCAUGCAUACAGUCGACGUCGAAUUCAUACAAUGGUUAAAUCACAAACAUUUUAUUGGAUUGUUAUUGCACUUGUAUUAAUGAAUACAGCUGUGCUAGCAAGUGAAUAUUAUGGACAACCACAAUGGUUAACAGAUACUCAAGAAAUAGCUAAUCGAAUAUUCGUCAUAUUAUUUUCAUUUGAAAUGUUGCUUAAAAUGUAUUCACUUGGCAUAACUGGUUAUUUCGUAUCAAAUUUUAAUCGUUUUGAUUGUUUUGUUGUUAUUGCAUCAAUUAUUGAAUUUGUACUUAUAUUUAAAGAUCUUAUGCCACCGUUAGGUAUAUCUGUGCUUCGUUGUGUUCGUCUUUUACGUGUAUUUAAAGUAACACGUUAUUGGACAGCAUUAAGAAAUUUAGUUGCAUCAUUACUUAAUUCAAUGAAAUCAAUUGCAUCUUUACUUUUACUAUUAUUUUUGUUUAUUGUCAUAUUUGCUUUAUUGGGUAUGCAAAUGUUUGGAGGAAAAUUUGAUGAAAUAUUUGAAGUUGAAGAGAAACCACGAAAUAAUUUUGAUUCAUUUUGGGGUGCACUUAUUACUGUAUUUCAAAUUUUAACUGGUGAAGAUUGGAAUGAAGUUUUAUAUACUGGUAUACGAGCACUUGGCGGUCUUGGACUUGUUGGUACAGUUGUUUGUGUUUAUUUUAUUGUUUUAUUUAUUUGUGGUAAUUAUAUAUUAUUGAAUGUCUUUUUGGCUAUCGCCGUUGAUAAUUUGGCUGAUGCUGAAAAUUUAACUGCAGCUGAAGAAGAAGAACAAAAGAAACGUGAAGAAGCUAAAUUAGGUGCAGAAGUAAAACCCAAUGGAGAUGUACAAGGAACAGAUCCAGCAAAUACUGAAGCGAUUGAAACAGAUGAAAAAUCACGUGGUGAAACAGAUGAAAAUCCAUUAGAUGAAAAUGAAGAUCAUCCAAUAGAACGUGGUGAUAAUGAAGACAAUGCUGGUCUUAAUGGAGAUCAAGUUGUUGAAACAGAAGAUGAAGAAAGAACUACAGCAAGACCUCGUCGUUUAUCUGAACUGAACAUUGUUGAAAAAGUUAAACCAAUUCCACCUUAUUCAUCAUUAUUUGUAUUUUCACAUACAAACAAAUUUCGUAUAUUUUGUCAUCGUGUUUGUAAUCAUCGUUCAUUUGGAUAUAUUGUACUUGUUUGUAUAUUACUUUCAAGUAUAUCACUUGGUGCAGAAGAUCCUGUUGAUCCAGAUUCAGUUCGAAAUAGAAUUCUUAAUAAAGCCGAUUACUUUUUCACAGCUAUUUUCACAAUCGAAAUUUGUUUAAAAGUUGUCUCAUAUGGUUUAAUAUUUCAUCCAGGUGCCUUCUGCCGAAAUCGUUUCAAUAUUCUUGAUAUUGUUGUUGUAUCUGUUUCGUUAAUAUCUAUGGUUAUAAAAGAUCGUGCAAUAUCCGUAGUAAAAAUUCUUCGAGUACUUCGUGUACUUCGUCCAUUACGUGCUAUUAAUCGAGCCAAAGGCCUUAAACAUGUUGUACAAUGUGUUGUUGUAGCCAUAAAAACUAUUGGUAAUAUAAUGUUAGUUACUUUCCUACUACAGUUUAUGUUUGCUUGUAUGGGUGUACAAUUAUUUAAAGGAACAUUUUAUUCAUGUAACGAUAAAUCCAUGCUAAGCGAAGAUCAGUGCAAAGGAUAUUAUUUAAUAACAACUGAAAAUCAUAUUUCAAAAGAAGCUCGAUCUUGGACGAAUUCAAAAUUUCAUUUUGAUAAUGUUCCACAAGCUCUAUUAACAUUAUUUACAGUAGCAACAUUUGAAGGAUGGCCAAAUUUAUUACAUACAGCAAUUGAUUCGAAAGCUGAAGGUCAUGGUCCAGUUUAUAAUUAUCGACCAUUUGUUGCUCCAUUUUUUAUUACAUUUAUUAUCGUAAGAAAAAUUUUUGUGUAA